CACAGUGGUUUAGACAGGCAGGAAGGUGUUUGGACGUUGCUCUUGAAAGUUUACCUGAAAGUCUGAUUAAAGGGCAAUGAAUUGCAUUAUGAGAUCUGCAGUUUUCGGGAGCAGGGGCCUGUGGUUUCCUACUCUGAAUGCUGUUAGAGCCUUGUCGACUUCAGGAGGCCCUACUCCACCCUUCACCACCCUGUCGGUCACCCACUCAGCCAAUCACAUCACUCAUGUAGAGCUGCACCGACCAGAGAAGCGCAAUGCCAUGAACAAAGCCUACUGGAGUGAAAUGGUUGACUGUUUUAAUCAGAUUGCUGAAGACCCAGAAUGCCGUGUGGUGGUGUUCUCAGGUGCCGGGAAACUUUUCACGUCAGGUAUUGACCUUAUGGAUAUUGGUGGUAGUUUGCUACAGCCCGACGGAGACGAUGCAGCCAGGGUAGCAUGGAAUAUUCGCGGCAUCAUUUCCAAAUACCAGGAUACAUUCUCAGUCAUUGAAAAGUGUCCGAAGCCUGUGGUGGUGGCAGUGCACGGCGCGUGUGUGGGAGCAGGAGUGGAUCUAAUCACAGCCUGUGAUAUUCGUCUGUGCACACAGGAUGCCUGGUUUCAGGUGAAGGAGGUCGACAUUGGCCUGGCAGCGGAUGUUGGAACUCUGCAGCGUCUCCCUAAAGUGAUCGGAAGUCGUAGCUUGGUGAAUGAGUUGGCGCUUACUGCAAGGAAAAUGUAUUCUGAUGAAGCCAAAAGCUGUGGAUUAGUAAGUCGUGUGUUCCCUGAUAAAGAGUCGAUGAUGGCCAGGGCUCUGGAAAUAGCAGGCGAGAUCGCAGGCCGGAGUCCUGUAGCUGUCCAGGGAACCAAAAUCAACCUCCUCUACUCCAGAGACCACAGUGUGUCUGAGGGACUGAACUACAUGGCUACUUGGAAUAUGAGCAUGUUGCAGACUCAGGACAUUAUGAAGUCAGCGCAGGCAGCCCUGGAGAAGAAGAGCCCCAAAGAUGUGCCCUUCUCCAAGCUUUAAAGUCGAAGACGAUGAUCCAGGGCUGUCAAUGCUGUCUGUUCUCUCCGCUGUAGAAUGGAGACUUCAUCAUCCACACGCAUUUAGUUCUUCCUACAAAGUCUGACUUAUUAGACUGGCCUAAGGACUGAUUAAUGGAAGAGAAAUGAUAGAUUAAUUGUUAAUUAAUUGGUUUAUUAUUUGCAGGGGCCUUGGACAGUAAGACAGUAUGCCUAAUACUGUGGGUGGUAAAAGAGAGCAACUGGACUUGCUUGAAGAUUCUUGAAGACGUUUCACCUCUCAUCCGAAAGAGAAGGAGCAGAGAAGGAGCAGAAUCACAUCAGGAAAGCACUUCAGAACUGUGGGUAUCCCAACUGGUCUUUCUUCAAGAGCAGAAAAAGGAACAUAACGGACAAGGAGGAUAACAGGAACAAACGCAAGAACAUUGUCAUUCCGUACAUUUCUGGUCUAUCUGAGAAACUCAGGAGGAUCUUCUACAAACACAUUCUGGUACGUUUCAGACCCAGUAACACCCUGAAGCAGAAACUGGUCCACCCUAAGGACAGAAUACCCAGACACAAACAGGACAACGUGGUGUAUGCAAUUCAGUGCAGUGAGCAAUGCACGGACUCGUAUAUUGGUGAAACCAAACAACCGCUUCACAGGCGUAUGGCUCAACACAGGAGAGCCAGUUCCUCAGGCCAGGACUCUGCUGUCUACCUUCAUCUUAACAACAAAGGACACUCAUUUCAGGAUUGCAACAUACACAUUUUAGCCAGAGAGGAUCAUUGGUAUGAGCGAGGAGUUAAAGAAGCCAUUUUUGUUAACCUGGAACGGCCAUCACUGAACAGAGGUGGGGGUCUAAAGGCCAAUUUAUGCUGACAACCCAGUCCUCGCAGAUAGCGUUGCAGACAGUGUCUGCGUAGCCCCCCCCACCUUCACAGAUGCUCUGCGCGCACCUCCCAAAAAUUGUGACCACCGCAGAAGCCUCGCAGACAAGAGGGCUCUGAUUGGUCCACUCUACAUCCGCUGUACACGCACUUCCGCUUCCCUACUUUCCCGGUUUGGUUUGUUUUCCCGACCAGCAUUUUUAAAAACACGAGCGAAGAUGGAGCAGCAUGAAGAGCGGUUGAUUGAAGAAGUACGUACAUCUAUACGACUCCAGUUCUAGUCAUUAUAAAAAAAAAAGUUCUAGUCAUUAUAAGUAACCGGAGGAUAAACACUCCACUAACCACACCACCAACUACUCCUAGCGACUUCGCGCCCCCUUGCGUUGUGCCGGUGAAUAACAUCGCGCACGCCUAUUAUCCCCGCUCAACAAUAAAUUACAACUGUCUGCGAAAAGCUAUCUGCGAAAGCCUUGUCGCACGAGCAUGCAGAGGCCUUAAGACAUAAGUUAUCAGCCACCUACAAUGCAGUCCUUGGCACACUUCCCAGACAACUGAAUGCACACCAAAACCCAGCUGUUUUCAGUGGCUCACAGGAGGACAGAGAGAAUCAGCAUUCCAUUGAUCACCUUAACAGCCAAUCCAUUGAUCACCCUAACGACUCUCGAGGCCAUUCACAUUCAGCCCCCAGUGACCCACACCAACAGGAUGACUCAACGACACCUUAGAUGAGCUUUUCAUCCAUGAGAGGAUAAAUACCUGAUACUCCCUACCAGUCAGACAGAACUGAAGAAGCCUUUCAGAUGAGAGGUGAAACGUCUUCAAGCAAGUCCAGUUGCUCUCUUUUACCACCCACAGUUACUAUGACCUGGAUGAUUGGGAAUCUUCACAGAUAUGCCUAAUACUCUAAAUCUUGUUUUGUGUGGUAACGUUUACAGUAGAUACAGAGGAACAGAAGAAAAUGCGUACGAAUGCAGAAUGUAGCUGCAAUUAACACACAAUUUCCUUGGAUGCUCACUUUAAUUUAUAUUUGUACUAUGUCACAUAUUUUCUUUUUCUUGUGUGAUGUAUGAUUGAACAGCUAAAGCUCUUGUCUUAAGUUUGUGAAUAAAAAGGAUGUUUUAUGGAGUCAA